AUGAAAGCAUGUUGAGUCGAAACGGCGAUCAGCAAGUAAAGAGAACUCUUCUUCAACUUGUUCUCGCUGCCGAGAGGCCUCUUACUCUACUUGAAGCAAAUUUUGCGUUGACCCUCGCACUUCAAGAUCAGAGAAUGGAAUCACAUGAAGAAUUCAUGGGUGAAACAUGGUCGCUUCCCGCUUUUCAGGACGUCGUUAAAGAAUAUUGUGGCCUAUUCAUCAGCAUACACGACUCAAAACUCUCAUUCAUCCAUCAGACAGCAAGAGAAUUUCUUUUAACGAAGCGAGAAGAAGGGCAUGUGGGUUGGGGAGGCAGCUUCAGCCUCCAGCAUUCUCACGGAACAAUGUUACAAGUAUGUCUCGAUUACUUGUUUAUCUCUGACAUCGGCGGGUAUGAUUACGUUUUGGGGGAUCUCAUUGAAAAUUCAUAUCCAUUGCUUGACUAUUCAGGUAACUAUUGGCCUUCGCAUAUUGUCAAGCAUGGAACUGCCCUCUCUGACAACAAUCUAAAUCGCGUGCGCAUUCUCUGUGAUCCUGGCAGCCGUCAUCUACAAAUUUGGACCUUUGUUUAUGGGGACUUGAUUGGAGAUUGGCGUCAAUAUUCUCGCUGGACGUCUCUGGGCUUUGCGACUUUUCUUGGACUAAAACAAUUUGCACAGUUACUGCUAGAAGAGGGAGCCGAAGUCAAUGAAGGGAGCGAUGCACCAAUCCAGAUAGCCUCGGAACAGGGCCAUGAGGAUAUGGUUCAAAUGUUACUGAAUAAUGGCGCUGACACUCAUGGUAGAGGGUCGACGGAUACCACUGCGCUUGGGUUUGCAUCAUCAGCGGGUCAUCAACGCAUCGUCGAAAUGCUACUUGAGCAUGGAGCUGAUGUUAAUCUACGCAGUAAGACAUCUGACUCAGCACUCCAGGAAGCAUUAAGUUGGGGUCAUGAACAAAUCGUUGAUAUUUUACUCACUCACGGAGCCGAUGUUAACAUUCAAAGUAAAGAUGGCACAACAGCUCUCCAGGAAGCAUCCGCUAGCGGUCAUCAAGAGAUUGUCCAGAAAUUACUUGCCCAUGGAGCCGAUAUUGAUAUCAAGGGCGAAUUGUAUGGCACGGCACUCCAUGCAGCCUCAAGUGGGGGUCACCAACAUAUUGUUGAAAUAUUACUUGCCCAAGGGGCCGAUGUUCACAUAGAAGGUAAAUUGUAUGGCUCAGCCGUUCAAGCAGCGUCAUUUGGGGGUAAUCAGCAAAUUGUUCGAUUAUUACUUGCCCAUGGAGCCAGGCCUAAUAUUGAGAAUGGAUUCUUUGGCUCGGCAAUCCAAGCAGCGUCAUUUGUGGGUAAUCCACAGAUUGUCCAACUAUUACUCGGUCAAGGAGCCAACCCUAACUCUGAAUCUGAAGAUUUUGGUCCAGCUCUCCAGUUAGCGUCAGGCAAUGGUCAUCAACAAGUUGUCGAAACACUACUCAGUCAUGGAGCCGAUGUUAAUCUCCAAAGAGAUGGGGGAUAUACAGCGCUCUACGAAGCAGCUAAAAAUGGCCAUGAUAGAGUUGCUAAGAUAUUGCUUGAUCAUGGUGCUGAU